AUGACGGGGGCCAGCGGAGGAUACCAGGUUGGCUUUCAGUUGACGCCAUUAAGCGUUGACGGAAACUUGGAUGCGGCUGACUUCAAAGGAGGACCUCACCCUGUGGAGAGAGAUCCCAUAUACAAGCUCUGUGCAGACAAUCGUGAUGCUGGAAACAAGUUUGUGCAAGAAGGUAAACUUGAAGAGGCCAUUGCUCGUUAUUCUGAGCUAAUUAUGCAGUCACGAGCACUUGAAAAUGAGCCGGAUGUCCAGUGGACUGAUGAAGGGCGUGACCUGGUCCGGCAAUUAAGGGCAGCUGCCUACUUGAAUUUGUCACUUUGCUUCUUGAAGUCCAAGCAGUGGCAGCAUGCUGUCAACACAGCUACGCGAGCCCUGCAGGGGGACAAGGAUCCACCUGAUCCCAAAGAGAACAUUCUGCCUCCAGAAAAGAAAGCAAAGGCGCUCUACCGGCGUGCGGUGGCUCUGCGCGAUGGUUUUGAAAAGCUGGAGGAAGCAGUGAAAGACUUCAAAAAGGCAUUGGAAUAUGUACCGGAGGAUAAGAACGUGCAGCUGGAGUUGCAAAGGGCCAAUCAGGCCUUGGCAAAGGAGAAGAAGAAAGCGGACAAAAAGUUAGCAGGCUUCCUCUCCUCUCAGACAAGGGGCGGCAUCUUUUCUGAGGCGGACCGCCAGCGAGACACCAGUGGACCUGAACUUCCCAGCGAGCCGGUGAAGGUCUCAGACGGGCUCUGGGUGGUCCCCAAGGAUGAGGAGAAGGAGAAGGAUGAUACCGGCAUCCAGGAGGCCAAAGAGGCCGGUAUCGAUCUGGACGAGCUCGGCCGUGAAAUCAACGAGCUGAGAGAAGACAAGCCUGAAGUGUUCAGUGAGCUUCGGGACAAAAUGAAGACAUUGAUUGAGGAAGAGGUCAUCAAGCAGGAGGGCAACUCGGGCGAAGAAGACUUUGCGCUAGGAAAGAAGAAGUUCAUUGCUAGUGGGAACAGUCCGGUUGCUGUCGUGCAUGCCUUCAUUGUAGGAUCUUCUAGUCGUGCGCAUCUGCAGGCACUCAGAUGGCGGCAUUUUACCGGUACAGUUCAGCUGUAUUGGACCCUCGGUGAUGGCUGGGUUGGUGAAGGUUGGCAAGGCCUGUCAGGGGAAGACAUAGCUGUUUCAGUCUCCAACCUCCUCCUUCGUGUAGGCCUUCAAGAUGCAGACUUCGAGGUGCGGGUGUCUGCAUCCGAGCUGGUGGUGCGAUGUCUGGCCGGACCACGAAAAAGCGAGGUCCUUGGGCCUUUGAGUGGCCGACUGUUGAACGAGGUUGAGCCGGGAAUGUGUUGGUACACGGUGGAGCGGGAUGUCGGAGAUCCGCACAGACAGCGCCGACAUUUGGUCAUAGAGUUGGCCAAAAGGAGUUUGGGCAAACCUUGGACGGACAAACAGAUCUUCAAGGAUCGUUCAGAAAUGUUUAACCGCAGGUCUUUUGCCUGGACACCACAGCAGAUGAAAGAGCAUGAAGGUGAGCAAUCUGCGUGGACAACGCUGAAGCCAGGGAGAAGACCAGAUGUUCAGGACCCUUUCAUCACUUCCAGAAGCUGGUUGUGCCAUGAGCUGCAGCAGGGCCAAAGUGCUCAACAUUUGUACUUCCGCAUCAUCCUUGACCAGAAGAAGCUGGACGAGGCUUUAGAGAAAGUGCCGUACUUCAGGCUGUUUGGAGUUGACGCGUCGCAGCGCUACUUCAAGUUGUUCAUCCGUGGGGAUGAGUCAAGUCCCAUCAUGUUGGGAGAGCUUGGAGGAGCUGUUGUUCCGGAUCAGACCGAUGUGGAGCUUACGACUGUUACACGUGAGGUUGAGGGCCAUCGCAUCCGCGGUACGAUGGAGACACUCCCUUGCUUGGAUGUAACUUUGAGGAAGGCACCAGAGUCGUAUGGAGAAUGGGAAACCUUCAUCCAUUCGGACGAGCAGGUCCUGAACAAGCCGCAGGGUACACUGGAAGAGUUUGAGGUUCGCCAGCGCAGGCGUGAACAGUCCCCUGAUCGGUCAGACUGGACACCUGAUGAUUUUGCAGAUGAGCAGAAAGAAAAGGCGGAUGCAGCAUUCAAGGAGGGUAUCUAUCGUGAUGCAAUCGUGUACUACACAAGAGCACUGCGACAUACACCUCGAAAUGAAAGGCUGCUAUCAAAUCGCAGUGCUGCGUACUGCAAGAUCUUCAAGUACCAGCUUGCCCUGGACGAUGUAAACCUUGCGAUGGAAAUCGAGCCUUCCUGGCCAAAGCUUCACUACCGCAAGGGCCAGGCAUUGCGUGGCCUUCGCCGUUGGGACGAUGCAGUGGCUGCCUUCGAAGAAGGGCGAGAUCUGGAUCCUCAGAAUCCGGACUGGGACAAGGAGGUUAACCGAACACGAGCGGCCAAAGAGCUCAAAGAAGCUUCGAUUACGCGGAAACCUAAAGACUAG